AUGUCCCAGCAAGCCUCUCUGCCGCCGACAAGUUCAUCCCAUCCCCAGCCAACAAUCGCCAGCCGAAGUGACGACGAUGUCUCGCCAAUGACCCAGGCAGCGCCGUCGCAAUCGAAGCCUCAUGCUCCUGCUCCUGGCAAUUAUUUCCCCCUCGAGGCCGAACGCGGCACGCGCGCAGCCGAGACCGCGCCCGCCGACCAGCCACAACGAAGCGACAAGAAGCCCGAACUCCUUUCCCCGCGCGGCAGUACCUCGACAGCUACAAGCCUUUCGACCUCGAGCACCGGCGAGCAGGGACAAAACGAAGCAUAUCCGUCAUCCAACAAUGGAGACGAGCGCUCCAAUGUCAUUUCCAGGAAAUCGUCGGUCGCAUCGGUGACGUUCCGCCCGCCAAAGAACCCGUCGCUUCCUCAAGGCCGUCAACGAAAGACGGAUGCCACGCGUCUUCGGGCGUCGUCCCCUUCGCCAGUAAGGUUUAAGCGACACGUAGGAUUUGACAACUUGCCUGUCGGGGACGCAACCAAGAAUAACCCCUUAUCUUUCACUCUCAAUGUCAGGCAUCAAGGCUACCAGUCGAAUCGAAGGUCGCGUACCUUCAUGGCCGGCGUCGACGACCAUGACUACUCCGACUAUGCGUUGGUGUGGCUGCUAGAGAAUCUGGUGGAUGACGGCGAUGAAGUUGUGUGCGUCCGAGUUGUCGAGCAUUCGGCUCGGUCUAGUGAGAAGAGCUACCAAGAAGACGCAAAGAGGCAGUUGAAGGCUAUUGAGGAGAAGAACACGCAGAACCGCGCAAUCAGUAUCGUUUUGGAGUAUUCGGUUGGCAAGCUACAUGCGACCUUCCAGCAACUGAUUCAAAUACACCAACCCUCCAUGCUCAUCGUUGGAACUCGAGGCCGCUCGUUGGGUGGUAUUCAGGGUCUAGUCAACAGUCGAAACUCGUUUUCCAAGUACUGUCUUCAGUACAGCCCCGUGCCUGUGGUGGUGGUCCGUCCUGACGAACAACGCAAGAAGAAGAAGGACAAGCGAAUACACAAUCCCGCAAGGCAGAGUUACGCCGCCAUGAUUGCGGCAUCUCAGGGGAAGCAUGAGGCCGACAGCGAGGCGAGCAGUGUAUACGAACUGGAAAAUCAGAUUUCCCCAGAUGAGGAGGCACACAAAGUCGCGGCUGCCAUUGGUCUUCCAGCGGCCUUUGACCCAACAAUCAAGCCGUACAUGGUGGGACAGCACACCGUGGGACCACGCGCGGCUUCAUCGUCUGUUGCCGGGCCUUCCACUCCCACGGCUUUGGCGCCUGGGUCUACAUCCAAGAGCGCCACGACCUCACCGCGGCCUGUGCUCGCCUCUACAGAUAGUGGCGACGAGGAGAGUGAUGACGACGCUGAGGGGGAGUUUGAGGUCAUGAGCGGGCAGCAAGCUCUGGUAUCUCAAAAGGAGAGGCUUCGUCGGAUGGAAGCCGGCGAGGCGAAGGCCCUGCUGGAAUCGGGUUCUGCAGACAUAGACGAAGAGGAUGAAGAAGAGGAGGAGUCGUCUCAAGGGGAGGCUGGUGGUGAUAGCAAGUCAUGA